GCUCCCCUCAGACCAGGACGCGGCUGUUGUGAAGAGCAGUUCUCCAUGGGCAAGACACUCAGGACUGACUUCUGGAAAGUGAUAUCAUCUAAGGAGGAAGCCCAGGGAGGAGGAAGAGGAAAGACGGAAAGACAUGGAGCAGGGAUGGCGGCUGUGACUCAGUUGACAUUUGAGGAUGUGGUGGUGGAUUUCACCCAGGAGGAGUGGCGGUGCCUGACCCCGGCUCAGCGUGCUCUGUACAGGGACGUCAUGCUGGACACCUACAGGAACCUGGUCUCCGUGGGAGUCUCCCCUCCCAGAAUGAGUGUGAUUUUGCCAUUGGAGUUCCAGGAAGAGCCCUGGGUGGCACAGAGCCACGUGACAACUCUAGGAGGGCUGAAUGGUUGGGAAGGUGCCAGAGGGGUGAGUGCAGGUACCUCUCUUGGAUAUAUAAUUAAAGAACCACCCAGUAUGGGCAGCGGUAGGGGAGAAAUAUCCCAAAGUCAUGAGGACGGAGGCACUGAUGAGUUUUCCUGCGAGGAAAUCCAGAAAGCUCCUCGUGAGUGGGAGUGGGAGUGGAGCUACACUGAAGGCUGUGCUAAAGGGGUGCUUGUGGUCCACAGAGAAGAGGGCAGUGGUGGAGGAGAGCAGGAGGGUGGGGGCCUCAUGGGGAAGCAGCCCAAAAGCCCGUGCCUGGGACGGCCCCUCCAGGAGCACCUGCGUGGGCUCCCGCAAUACCUGUGUGAAGGGCCAGGGGUGAAGACUGAGGUGGAGAAAUCUGCCCUUGCCAAGGGCUCACAUGUUGCACCCACGGGGAGUCCCUCCAGUGGGAACACACACAUCAUCCCUGCAAGUGAUGACGCCUCCAUCUCUUCUCCCUUGCGCUCACAAACACCCAAAGCACGCGUUCGGGAAAAGCGUCACAAAUGCGGGGAGUGUGGCAAGGCGUUCAGCUUCCCCUGGGCCCUGGAGCGGCACCGGCUGAGCCACACCGGGGAGAAGCCGCACCCCUGUGCCACAUGCGGGAAGGCUUUCAACACACGUUCUCAUCUCUCGGUUCAUGAGCAAAGACAUAGCGGUGUGAAGCGCCACCUCUGCACAGAGUGCGGGAAGGCUUUGUUCUCACAUUCCGAACUCGUGGCUCAUAAGCGAUUCCAUACUGGCGAGAAGCCCUACCUGUGUGGAGAGUGUGGGAAGGCAUUCAGCCAGAUGUACAGCCUCACCGCGCACCGCCGGACGCACACUGGGGAGAGGCCACACCGCUGCGGAGUGUGUGGCAAGGCUUUCGCCUCACGCUGCAGCCUCAAGGAGCACCAGGCUAUGCAGCACGGCGGGGAGAAGCGGUACAUGUGCGACACGUGCGGGAAGACGUUUGGUGGUCGAAGGAGCCUCGCCUCGCACCUGAUUAUGCACACUAGCCACAAGCGGCACAUGUGUGCCGAGUGUGGGAAGGCAUUCACCCGUGCCUCCAGUCUCACCAAGCACCACAGGACGCACACCGGGGAGAAGCCCUAUGCAUGCAAGGUGUGUGGGAAGACCUUUAGCCAGUGUGGCGGCCUCAUUCACCACCAGACUGUGCACACUGGGCUGAAGUCGCACACGUGCACCGAGUGUGGGAAGGCGUUCAGCCGCACCUGCUACCUCAUCAGGCACCGCAGGACGCACACCGGGGAGAGGCCCUAUGCAUGCCAUUUGUGCGGCAAAGCCUUUGCCCAGAAUUGCACCCUUACCAAACACCAGGCCGUGCACAUGCGUCAGAAAGGCACACCGGUGCACCGAGUGUCGGGCAGUGUCCAGCCAGACCUGCAGCCUAGCCAUGCACAGCCACCUCAAGAAGGAGUAAAGUGCGGAGAGCCAAGUGUUGGUGGCUCAUGCCUGUAAUCCUAGCUACUGAGGAGGCUGAGA